AUGGAGAAUUCAGCAGCAACCGUUGAUAUGAUCAGCAACUUACCUGAUGAGUUACUUUGUCACAUUCUCUCUUUUCUUCCAACCAAACUUGCUUUCACCACAACCCUUCUCUCCAAAAGAUGGGCCCCAUUAUGUUACUCACUCACAGCUCUUCGUUUCGACGAUGAUACCGUGAAAAACGUUGAUAGCUUCAAUCGCUUCUGUGGUUUUGUAGAUAAACUCAUGCUCUUUCCUUCUGCGACCAACCAACCUAUCAAAACGUUUCACCUCAAACUCUCUCGAUUUUAUAAGGUUGAUCAUCAAAGCUUCUAUGCAUGGGUAGAAGCCAUAAAACUACGCCGCGUCGAGGAACUUCAUCUCCUCCUCGAUAAUGUAACAUUGAAGAAUCUCACGAUUUUCACCUCCAGAACCCUAGUUGUUGUCAAACUUGCGAGCUUAAAAGUUGAAGGUGAAAAUUUGUGUGUUGAUCUUCCAAAUCUCAAAACCCUACAUCUAAGAUAUGUUUCUUUUGAAACUCAGAAUAAUUUCAGUAAACUUCUUAAAGCUUGUCCUAUUCUACAAAAUUUGCAUGCUUCUUUUCUGUUAUAUAGGAGAGCUGAUGAAAAUAAUAAAGUAGAAGAAUUCAAACCCUUGUUCUUGUCCAAAUUGGUUAGAGCCCGAUUUUGUUCAACUGAUAUUCCAGUUAAUUUAAUUUCUAAUGUUGAGUUUCUACACAUAGCGAAUGCUGGAGAGGCUUUGAAAGGCUUUCGUUUCAAAAGCAUUCCUGUGUUUCAAAACUUAAUUAAUAUUCAACUAUGGUUUUUGGAGUUCUUUCAUGGCUGGAAUGGUGUAGUAGAUAUGCUCCAGAACUGUCCCAAGCUUCAAAUUCUUUUUAUUAGAAAGUGGUGCUCCUGCUUAUCGAAUGAAUGGAAAUGCCCAAUUUCGGUUCCUGAAUGUGUUUCUUCUCACCUCAGAUCAUGUACUAUUUUCAAUUCUGAUGGCUCAACAAAUGAUCUUGCUUUCACAACAUAUAUAUUGCAGAAUACAAGACUCUUACAGUCCAUGAAAAUCAAUGGUACUGCUCAAUCUUCAAAUGGAUUGCAAAAGCUUCAAAUUAUACAAGAGUUAUCCUCCUGUCCAAGGAUGUCUCCAGAAUGCAAACUUUCGUUUUCAUUUAAGUAA